UGCUGGCGGUGUGACGUAUAAUCUAAUGGACGGGACGCUUCUUCAAACAACAGCGAGUUAUUCACCUCCGUAUCUUUCUAGCCAACAUAGACGAUACAAUUGCAGAUCAUUAAAUGCUUUCGUUGUAUAUUAGCCACUGUGUUGUAAACACACUUGUCUUAUCUCCUGGCUAGUUACCCAAUUUAAUAUUUACGUUGUUGUUAGCUAGCUAGCUGGGUAAAUUAGCAGUAGUGCUAGUCUUGUCACUAAUGCUAACUAGCUAACAUCCCAACCAUGAGCUCACUAAUCGACUCCCCUCCUAAAGAGGUGAUCUGCUGGACGGAGAAAGAAACUCUGGGGCUGAACAUUGUCGUGAAAGAGGAGAAGGAAGAGGAGGAUGUCACAGUAAAACAAGAAACUGAGUUUGAGGCUGUUACAGUGAAAGAAGAAGAGGAAGAAGUUAAAUUGACAGAAGAUGAGGACUCGUUCAGAGUGAAAGAGGAGGAGGAUGUUACAGUAAAAGAAGAGGAGGAAGAGAAAGAGGAGAUGACUGUCACAGUGAAAGAAGAGGAAGACGUUUUUGAAAUGAAGGAAGUGGGGGAGAUUACUGUCACAUUAGAAGAAGAGGAGGAGGAGGAGACAGGAGAUCUGAUUAACAACAGAGAGAGACCAGACUCUCACUCUGACAGACGGAAGAAGAGUCCUUCAGGGGAACCAGACCCAGAGACGCCCAAACCAGUGAGACGACACCACUGCUCCCAGUGUAAUUUGAGUUUAAGUUUUUAUGGAAACUGAAACAGCAUGAGAGGACACACACAGGGGAGAAGCCACACCACUGCUCCC